CAGACAGCUGAAAGAUAGUUUGAACACACUUGGGCUGCCUUUAGCUGCAUUAAAUACGGGACAUGCUCCUUGGGAGAAUGAGGAAAGGUUCACUCAAUGCUGCAAAGCCAUCGCUAUGGGAACAAUAUACCAUAAUGCCUUCCCAUACCUGAGGAUUCCUGUAAGACCGAGGAAAGAGUCCGCUCAAGCAGAUUAGACCUGAGACCCGGGAGCCAUUCUCACGUCCAAAUCGUAGAACUUGAUAAAGGUGUUCAAAGAGGACCAUCCUGCUGCAAAACAAAAAUCCUUUAAGGAUGAGCCCUUAAAGAGAGCCUGAGAAGAAACCAUUUCUCUGGUGGAAUGAGCAUGGACACCCAGAGGCGAAGCCAUGCCACGCACCUCAUAUACCACAGAGAUAGCUUUGAUCACCCAAUGAGACAUUCUGUUUUGUGAAAGCAGCUCUUUUGUUUUCACCUCCGAAACAUACAAACAAUUGGUCAGAUCUAUGCCAUUGGACUGUGCGGUCAAAGUCACCAAGACCACCUGCUGGAAGCGAAAUGGGGUCGACGCAACUUUUGGAACAUACUACAUCGCAUCAAGAUUUUAACCAGCCCGGGGCAAAGUCCAUACAAGAAGGGCUGUCUGAAAGAGCCUGCAAGUCCCUUGAGAAGAUAGAGCCACCAAAAGGACCUUCUUAUGGGUCAAAAACUUUUAUAACACCGACUCCAAAGACUCAAAUGGAUGGCACUCCAUGCCCUGUAAGACCCUCCAGGACAACAGAUAAAUUAGACCUAAACCGAACUGACCUAACCUGUCCUGAACUGACUCCUGCGAGAGACACACAGUCUCGAUGUGCAACUGUCAAAUCCUGUAAAUGAAGAAGACCUUGAAAUUUGUGAAGUAAUCAGAAGUGAUGAUGGCAUAGCUGAUGAAGAUCCCACAGCGCAAUGUCAGAAAAAAAAGCACAAACUCAAAAUACCAAGAAAUAUUCAAAUGAAAAUCUUUACAAAACUUCUGAAGAAUUUCAAGUCUGAAGAAACUCUAAGCCCCAAAACACAAUUAGUUGUGGACCGUGAUGGAUUUGAAGGCUUAGCAGAUUCCCCUGGUGAUACUGAAGAGGAAAAACAGAAACAUGCGAUCAAACUGAAAAUGAAAAUUCCUGACUUCAUGAAACGGAAGAAGAAUUCAAAAUCCCACGAAACUCUAUCAGUGGAGCUGGAUUUUACUGGAAACCUUGAACAGAACCGUCUGACUGAAGCACAGCAGCAGCUUGUGAAAGCUGAGGAAUGUCUCUUCGGUUCAAAUGAAGUGGCCAGGACAGAAGAAAUGGUGGGCAAGCUGCAGACAGACUAUGAGUUAUUUAUUUUGCGACUGAGGAUGGCCAUCUAUGAUUCUUUCAAUGAGGACAAUCAGGAGAAACUCAAGAGUGCUUUGACUUCAAUACUUCAAGAGGAAGAACAAGAUAGACGCUGGGCGGAAGUGGCCGUGGAUCAGCGUCCAAUAUGGAGGCCCACAAAGUGCAGAGAGAUGCAUGACAAUUUACUCCAGACAGUCGUGGAGGAACGAAUGAAGACUGCAGAUGAACAGGAGAAUAAAGUAGACAAGCUGUCUACCUCCUUGAAGACAGAAGUGUGUCGAAUGGGCAAACAAGUACAAAAAGACCUGCUUAGAGUGGUCCAAAAUCUGAGAGAAUGUUAUCCACCAGACUUUGACAUUUGCAGAACGUAUGCUCAACUCUACCAUCAGACCUUCUCUACCAGACUCCAAGAGCUCACCAGAUCCAGUAUUGAUUUUGAGGACUGCCUCUAUAUAUUGAGUUGGAUUGUCAAUUACUACCCAAAAGAUGUUUUGAAGCACGUACAACUAGAGGAGCACAUUAACAACUCAUCGAUUGGACCUUUGUUACCUGAAGAAGAUCUUAAGAGAUUAGAGGAACAGUACUUCUCAUACAAAGAGAACGAGAUAAGAAAGUGGUUAGUCACCGCUCUUGAGAAAGAAGAGAAAAACUUUUGUGAUGACUUUGAUCCAGAGAUCAUGGAUGGAUACUACUUCAGCAACCUUGCUAUAGAUGUUUUACCACUUGUUGAUGCAACUGUGAGAGAGGUCAACACACUUUUGGGCUGUGAAAGUAAAGCCAGGAGUCUUCUAUGCCAUCUUGGCAGAUUUCUUCUGAGCUAUAAGGCAAGUCUAGAGGAACUUCUCAAAAGAAAACAAGAAAACAUUCCUAAAACUCUCAGUGCUAGUCUCAAUAAUAUUUACCUGUUUAGGGAUUAUGUACAAAGACCAGAACAUCUUUUCUCUGAAGACUCUAGGAAGGCUUGUCUGGACACAUUAGCAGACCUAAAAAACAUCUGUCACAAAUACUUCCAUAGUCAAAUUCACUCAGAACUAAAGCCGCAGUACCGUAAGCUGUGGACUCAAGCCUGGUUUGCUAAACAUUCUGAGGUUGAGGAGGAGCUGAUGAAGGCGCUGGAGAAUAACAUAGAUCAAUUCAAAGAACUAAAGCCUGUCUGCCGAGAGGAACUGCUGGCCGAGCUGCAUGUAGAAGUAAUGGUUGAGUAUGUGAGACGAAUGAUGAAGAGAAAACUAAAACUGAAGAACAAAGAACAGCAAGAUGCAGCUGCUGAGUUCAUGUGCCAAGACAACAGUCAAAUCUGCUCUGUGUUUGCCAAAGUGGGAUCCAAAGAGGAAUGGCUCUGUCAAAUACUGCCAAAAUUAUCAGAGAUUCUGAGACUGCAGGAUCUUGGGAGUUUGCAACUUGAGAUUGUUACUCUGGCAAUAGACUAUCCUGAUAUUAGUGAGCAGCAUGUUCUUGCUGUCCUGAACCUGAAGACCAACCUUUCAAGCUCAGAUUUGCGUAGGAUCAAAGGGUGUUUAAGUGAAAGCAGAGACAGAGAGGACACUGAGUCCUUCCCUUCCUUCUUCUCUAAAGUACUUGUCAAACGAAAAAUCAUCUGAAUGCCAUGUGUUAUAUCCAUAGCUAAUGUUAAUCAACUGCACAAUCAGUAUUGUUAUUUAAUAUUUAUUAUUUACAGCUCAGUGAUGUUUUCUCAAGGGAUUUACACUUUUCUCUAGCACUAAGGUCAAGAAUUAAAUAUUUAUUUAGAAUAAAAUGUGUAUUUAAUUAGCCGUAUUUUAUAAUUCGAUGAAACAUUACAAGGUGUUCAAAUGGAUGUGUUAAUGAUUUGAGAGCACUGAGCAUGUGUAUAAUCAGUUGAGAAAGCCUCAGAAGUUCUAAAAUCAUAAUGGUAAAAAAAAUCUCAAAAGGUACAGCCAUAUUUUUCUUGCACUGUGUUUUAGUUUUAUUCAAAUGUAUGUUUGGAGUAACUGAAUUGAAUGCAUGGGGAAGCAGAUACUUAGAGAGCAAAAAAGAAACAAUGUGAAUGUAAUAAUACAUGGUGGGUGAAAUUAGCAGGUUAGCUGAGACUGUUUUUACAACAGAUUCAAUAGACAUAUGUCUAAAGCUCUGAAAAUAAAGACAACUAUUUAAAUGUUCUAGUAAAAUGCAUGUAGGCCUAUAUGUAUCAUAAUCCAGCUAAGGCCUUGCUUCACAGUAACAAACUGUUUAUCACUUAGGCAAGCCAUCAAUACAAAAUGAUAAAUAUAAAGAAAUCCCACUGUCAGAGAGACUGAAUGUUAUUUGUCUUUUUAAAUUAUCGUGGCUGUCACUGCAUGUCUUGUAUAGCUAAAUAAAAUGUGUCAAAGCA